AUGGAUUUGAAUGAAGUGGAGGAAGUGAUUUCUAGAGCGGAGAACCUCUACAAGCAACCAUAUUUCUGGAAUCUUCUGCAUUCGCUCCCUCACCUUGAAUUGGACAGCUUUUAUACAGAAGACGAGUUAGCUGCUGUAGCACACUUUCUAAAAGUUAUUCAAAAUACCUUAGCAUCAUUGAAGGAUUUAGCUAUGAUGCCAUUGGGCCAAAGUUUAUAUGAGGUGGUGAAAACAGCACUGAAUUUGACUGCUGCAUCAGUACAGGAUAGGAGCGUAGAAGGUUUUCAGUAUAAUCUUUCUCUUGGGGAUAUUUUGUGGAAUCGACGUGCUGUGAGAGCAGAACUUGAAUCCAGGUUUGGUUUUGAUGAUCGUCAUGUUGAGAAGCUGCUUAGUUAUACAGCACAAUUAACAAAGAUUCCCACAGGAGAGACACUGGAGCGGUUUGUGUGCUCUGCUCUGUCCAGUGUGCCAGAAAAUGAAGCAAACAAAGAGAAUAAUGAAGAGGGCUGUAUUUCUGCACGGCAUGAGGCCAAACUGUAUCUUGUUCAUGCUGUCAGCAAGCUCAGACUCUAUGCACAGUAUACAAUGUUUCUGUGCUCUACCUCUUUUGAUUGCAGAAUCCUGCAUCUGAAGAGAAUGCAGUCUGUACUUCAGGAUGCACCUCAGUGGCCUGUUAUGAAGAGAUUGCUUCUGGUAGAUGGAGCUAUAAAGAAUGUAAUAGCACAGUAUUUAUACUUCACUGAAGAAGCUUUACGUGGCCUGGAAAAACUGAUUCCCUUUGCCCAAAGAGAUGGAUUAAUUCAUCUAGACAUCAGAAAGCUCUUUGUGGAGUUAAAACAGAUGUUGAUGAGCAAUGCUUCCUAUAUAUGCAAUGACACGCUUACAAUGUUUGAGAAGACCCUGAGACUUCCACAGGGUUCAGAUGACAUUGACAUUUUAGCAAUACACAUGUGCCCUGGCAAUGGCUCAGAGGUGACCUUCAAGCUGAGUAACCAGGUCCAGUCACUAAAGGAAUCUGUCCUGCUUCUGCAGAAAGUAACUCAGGAACGACAAAGCCUGCCAGAUUCAAUAAUGGAUGAAUAUUUGGGAUGGCAAGAAAUAGAAGAGCAGCUAACCAAAAAUUAUGCUUAUUACUGUGAAAUUAAUCAAUUGCCAAGCACAGAGGCACCAUCUGAAGAGGAUGUCCAUUUCAGCUCUUGUCAGGAACAGCUGCUCUUGUCACUAAUUAAUGAUACACUUGAAGAAAUUUUGUUUGCUUUUGAGGGAAACCUAUACUGGAAGGAUUUAACAGAUUUUGUCAGUUGGACAUGCAAUGUAGCUCAAUACAUGAAUGAGGAAGCAGGCUCCAUGGGAGGCCAGUCAGAUGGACUAGGAGCAUCUCUAUGUUCUAGGCAAAAGCUCGGUUUGGAGACCAUCCUAGGUCAUUAUUUAGCAUUUCUGCAAGACUUACCAGAUUAUUGCCCGUUUAUUUCAUGGGCACGGAUUUUGACGUCUUUCAAAGAGUUUUUUGAGAGACAAGGAAACCUGACGAUUUCUGGUAAAAAGGAAAUGGAUCAUCUAUUUGAUCUUGUGGAAGUCAUAGAAGAAGUUAUAACGCUUGAUUUCUCAGCUUCUUCAAACAAGUCUUUAAUUGAAAAUGUCUUGAAUAAUGUAAUUCUAUGGAUGAAAAAUUUUGCUGAGGGGAAGGAAUCUGCCCCCAAUUUCUCAGUUGCAGUUUCUGAACUCUGUAAUGAGUUACAGAAAAAUUUCCAGCCUCUCCAGAGAUUCUGGACAAAAGAGAUGACAGAAGUUUUUUGGCAUAUGCUGAAAAUUGUAUUCUAUGAAUUUGAUUCUAGGCUUUCUCAUUUGAGUCAAGUGGAAGAAGAGGAGGUAUUGCAGACCUUAUCUAGAAUUAUAUUUUACAUUACAGAAAAUAAAAUCCUUAAUAGAAGUAUACUGUUGCUCCAAAAUAUCCUGACUGAUUGGCCAGAGUUAAAUAUUGAUGCUUUGAACCAUCUAAAACACUUAAGUGAAAGUUUCCUAAGCAAUAUGUAUGAGGUUGGAUUACUGACUGAUUAUCAUGUCAAUGUGUCUUUCAGCACAAUUCAUGGAGUAAGUAAUGCCUCCUCUUUAUUACUCUCAAAUGCAACUUUUAUAUAUAAAGUACAAGAAUUAGGAAAAAUUGUGCAUGAUUUCUUCAAAAACAUCAAAAAAUUAAACAGUACUAGUGUGGCCUCACUUGUUCCAAUACUUUUCUCUCUGUAUCAGAACGAUGAUCUCAUCUUAAAUAUUGAGAGCAAUAGCACUCUGUUAAUGUUUCUUUAUGAGACUUCUAAAGAUAUUUCGUCUUUUCAAAUAUGGCAUGAUUUCCAAGGUAGAGAUCGAGUUUUUAAUAUUCUGUCUGAAACUCUUGAUCUUCUCUGGAACUUCACCAGUAAGUCUCUCUGUGAAAAGUUACUAAUCAUUUACAACUACACAGAGUUUCAGGCCCAGUCUCUUGCACGGAAUGGAAAAAAAGAGAUGCAAGUCGUCUAUAGCACUCUGAGCAGCCUUAAAACUUUUUUUGUAGAUGAAAAGCUCCAAACAUCCGCAUUUUGUUAUUUGGAACAGUUUCUUGAUAUCUCCCCAGAAUGCCUGGUAAACAAUGGGUACAUUGAUUGUUAUCUAUCAAACUUUACUUCUGUAGAUCAUUCAGCAGAGGUUUACAACUUACUUCUGCUUUCAUUGGACAGUGUUCUGUCUAAUAUAACAAACUUGAGAGAUAAGGUGAGUGUGCCUUCUGCUUUGCACUGCACUUUUACAUGGCUUCAAACCUGGACAAAAAUUUUUGAAGAAGCAUCCAAAAGCUUAAAUUUGAAUUCAACCUUUUUUGUCUGUCUAAAAAACGAUUUGGCAAAUCUCUCUGAAAGUCUUUUAAAUGCAACUCGUGAUGAACUGUGCAAUAAUACAUCUGUGGUUAUUGUUGAAGCUACAACAGCAGCAAUGAAUCUAUUGGAAAUCAUAUUUGAAGGAGAUAGUGGUUUAAAUGACUGGAAAGAUUUUGAAGCUUUCCUUGCUCAUCUCCAAAGUGUAUUUAACAAUGCGAUUGAUGUCACAAGCUCACUUAAAGGUAACAGUUUAGAAAGUGUUUUAGAAAUAAUGGGAGUCAUGAUAACUGAAUUGCAGAAAUCUAUACAGACAGUUGUUAAUGGAGAGUUUUUGAAUUCUUGGCUUGAUACUUUCAUCUCAGGAGGAUCUGAGGGAGAAGAUAAAGGUGCUGGUGUGUUUUCUGUUGGAAAUUCCCUUUCUACUAUUCUCAAGCUCUCCCAAAAGGAACUUGGAAUUAUUCUUACUGAGAUAAAAGACACAUCUGCUUUCUUUAAAAGUGUACCUCAAGACAAAUAUAUGGUUUGUAUCAACAUUUUCCAGAAUAUUACCAAACUAAUUUUGGACAAUACUCUGAAAGACAUAAGCCAUUGGCAAACAAAUUUUUCAUCUCAUCUUAAUUCCUUUCUAAACUUUUAUAGUACAGUGGAUGAAGCAGAGGAUUGUAACAGAUGGAUAAGUGGAUUAAGUAAUCUCAGUGAAAAUUGCAAAUCACCUUUCCACCUUGAAAGUGCAAAACAUAUUUUGUUUUUACUUAAAUCUAUGGGAAACAUUGAGACAGAUGCUAAGCUAAUGAAUGUGAUAGACUUUGUUGAUUUGAUUUUUAAUUUGAUACUCCCUGAAUGUUCGCUAACUGGAUCUGAUGCAAUUUGUUUUUCAUUAGUAGAACUUUUGGCAGAAAUUCAAACCCUUCUGAGAAAUAAAACUUUUGAAAUCCAAGAAAACAACUCUUCUCACUUGGAUAUCGAGAUUGAACCUUUCUUGCAUGAGAAGAAUACCAGUGUGUUGAUGGAGUUCUUUCAGUCUGUGAUUAGUAAACUUGACGCAGACUUGCAGGAUGAACACAAAACAUUUCUCCAGAAACUGAUAGAAACAGCAGCUCUGAAUAUUGAACUGGUAAGGAAGGCACUUAAAAUUUUCAAGUCUUCUAGUUUUACUGGCUUUCCAUUAAGAGAUGAUAAAGAGUUUCUAAAGCAUAUGGUAGUCUUGAUACAAAAUAUGAGGAACAUGGAUGUUGAGUUCUUGAUAAGCCAAUUCAAACAAGUCCAGAGAAGCCUAGAUAAUUUCUUUAAAAAUGUCAACUCUUUGUAUAUUGAAAACUCUGAGUUAGGAAUGUUAGCAGACUGGUGGGAUGCAUUUGAAAACAAUUCGUGUAAUUGGAACCUAACUGGCUUAUGGCAAAUAACACGACUCUUUGAACAAGGUGAGCUCUAUGAUGUAGAAGAGAUAUUCCAUCUCCUCCUUGAUGUCAUCAACCUUACAAAAAGAUUAGCUCAUGGAAACAUCACAGAAGCACUAACUGAAGUAUACGCUUUCAUACUGACUCAGGAAGCAAAAAUGCCAAUGUUUACUGAAGAGGAGUUCUCUAAUCAAGUAGAAAGUCUUCUAAUGUUAGUGGAGACACUGACAGAUAUGUCUGAUGAACCUGCAGAGGUCUCGAUUUGUUUUUCUGCAGCAUUCUGCUGGACUCUUACAACAGCAACACCUCAGAGUGAUCCCACUUUUAAACCUUGUGACUUUGUGCAAAGCAAUUCUACUCUUAGUUACAAUGCAGUCAUUGAAGUCAUUAAGGAGCUGAAACUCGUUGUCAUUGAGGACAGUUCCUCAUGCACUAUGGAAGACUUUCAGAUGGAUAUCACUCGCAAUCUGACUUGCUUUUUUCAUCAGAUCAAAGAAUGGAACUAUAUUCUUUUGAAGUUUUCUGAGCUCCAUCAUGUAAAUGGCUCAGUUCUCAAAGAGCUGCUAGAUUUUUGGAAUGAGCUAUCCCUCUAUGCUGUGCCGCUGCAGCUGAAUAAUACAUACUCAGUCAAUUGUUCCUCCACACCGAAGAGACAAGUGGCUUUACAAAUUAUAGAAACACUGGGCAGUAUGCCAGUGGCAGAAAUGGAGAUGGCUAAAGGUGUUCUUGAGCAGCUGGAUGAUCUUUAUGGUAGUCUAAGUUGGAACGGACAUUCAAGAACAUCACUUAUAAAGACUGUUCUUACUAAUGUUAAGAAUAUGACCAGUGAAGUUUCUGGACUCCUGGAUACAGAAGCUAUCUGUUCUUUUCUUUCUGUAAUUCAACCUUUAAUGACGCUGUCUUUUGUUGGAAACCAGACAUACUCAAUGCUUAUGAUAUUAUCAGCUUUAAAUGGAAGCAGUAAUAUAUCUGAUAACUUCGAGAACUUCUGGUUUCCUAUAGUCAGAAACAUAGAAGACUUAUUGGUGAAUUUUAAUGUUAGACACUUACUUGCAGUGAUAGACCAAGAGUUUCAGUUACUAAGGUUAGCCACUGGACAGUCUUCUUCAAUGGCUCUUGAUGUUUUAGUACAGCAGUUUAAUACAUCAUCUAUAGAUGCUAUGUUAAGAAAUUUUGAAGACAUACAAGAGACUGUGAACAUCUUUCUAUGUGACUGUAACUAUAAAAAUUAUUCUAAAAUAAAGCAUGCUCUAAUUCUCCUUAUGGCUAAUGAAAAUUCAUCGAAUGACCUACUGCUGCUUGUCAAAGACAUUAUAGACUUUCUGGAACUAUUCCAAAAUAAGUCUAAGGAAGAUUACACUGAUAUGUUGUUCAUUGAUGGUCAUCUUAGCAGAGAAAAAAUUAAUAAUACUCAUACUGCUGAUUCAAUUUUGCUAAACAGUCUCCUUCAUAUAAUUGCUGAUCCUACUGUUAUAGAAGAAGCUCUGCAUACAAACAAUACUGAGCUUCAGAUAGUUGACUUCAUUGAUUCAUUUUUUGGUAACACACAAUAUAGAGAAAUUUCUACUCAGUCCCAAAACAGAACUCUGGAGAACAUGCAAGAGAUCUUGCAAAUGGUAUUUCAGUCUACCACAGAACAUGACAGGAACAAAAUAACAUUCUUACUGAAGGAUUUACAUAAGGAUAUAAUGGCAGAAAUGAGUUUUGUGGACCAGGUUAUGGAUGUAUUGAUACUCAAGUGUAAAGAUGGCUUAAUGAGUCACUUACUCCUCUCUGUCAUUGAAGGAAUCACUUUGGUUCAACGUCAUUAUCAGGAUAUUGAAAGAAUGUGGCCUGCUUUCAACAAGGGGGAUUGUGAGAAUAUGGCCUAUAUAAACCGAAAACUUUCCAAUAUUUUGGAGACCUUCCCAAGAACCUUGCAGAAUACCAGCAAUGGCAGCUGUGAAUGUCAACUAAUGUUGGGGAACGUACAGAGACGACUGCAAAUGGUGGCUGAAAAUUUGGAGCUACAGUUGUCAGAUAAUCCAGCGGCAGCUUUUCUCAGCGAUUUUAAUCUUUUGAAUGAUGUGACAGUCAAAGAGUGUGUGCAGAAUCUUACUCAGUUGAGGCUGGACAUUGCUGCUUCUGUCAACAUUUCUGAAGAAACUAUCAGCACCAUCUUGGAAGCCAAUAUCUCUCAUUCAAAGAUUUUUUACAGUGCCUUUGUGGUAGCUUUAACUGGAAGAUGUGAUGAGGAAGUACUCAACCUGCUGCUAAAGCUACCUGAAAACAGUAAAACUUCCAUGGUAGUGGAGGAAUUAUGUUCUUUACCAGCACUGGACUUGUAUACCAUGUUCGUACUGAUUAUACAGAAUUUGAACUUACGUCAUAUCAUUUACAAGAUUAAAAUACCAUCUGAGACAGGCAAUGUACUAAACAUCCUACUGGAUGUGGUUUCUAAUAUCAGCUCUCUUCUCAAUAAAGCCCACCAUGUAAUGGAAAACCUUCCAGUGUUCCUCCAAGGAAUUCAAAAUAUUGGUGUGCUUGACAUCUCUGCAUUGCAGCAGUUCUUGCAAGGUGGGCAGUUCAGAAGUUCAGCUGUUGGAUCCCUGGAGUCUGUAAUCAAGGCAGUGUGUAAAGAAGAAUCUUCAUUUUUCAGCAAUGCAAACCUGUUCAUUGACAUGCCCAGAAUCAUGGGACUCUUGGAGGACAAUAUGGCAAAAUAUAAAAAACUCAAAGAAGACUACACUCCAUUUUGCUUGAAGCUUUAUCAGGAGAUUUUGCAGUCUUCUAAUGGGGCUUUGCUAUGGACUUUUCUGAAACCUUUAUUACAUGGGAAGAUACUGUACAAUUCAAACAUCAACAUGAUCGACCUAGUGAUGGAGAAGGCUAAUUUCACUUUUGGUUUUGUGGAAAACUUGAAGACUUAUUCUGAGACAUGGCUUAGGAUGUCUGAGGUUUUUAAAACCAGUGGAAAUGUUCUCACGGUCUCACGACUGCAG